AUGUCGUUGCUUGGACAACUCCCAGCUCCAAUUCAAAAGGGUUCAGAUGACUAUGGAACUGCUUUAAACUUAAAUGUGGGUUCAAGAGUCCUCGUUGCAAAGUCAACCAUCCCACCAUACGGACAUCGAAAAAACUGGGUACCACGCAAUCAGGAGGAUUUUUUAGAUGGAGGGGCGUUCCCAGAAAUACAUGUCCCUCAAUAUCCUCUUGGGAUGGGACAGGAGAAAAAUGUAUCGAAUGCAUUGGUUAUAAAGACUGAUAAAGAUGGAAGAAUCAGAUAUGAUGAACUUGUUCGUCAAGGACACAGCAAAGACAGGAUCAUCUAUUCAAAGUUUUCAGACUUACUACCUAAACCGAUUGACGAUGACGAUCCAGAAUUGAACAAACCAAGUCAAGAAACUAUCGAAGAGACAACGGAAAAAACACGUAGAGCUCUAGAAUCAUUAGUUGAAAUGAAAGUUGCUGCUGCAGCACCUGUACGCCGAGCUGAGAAAACAAAUCCUGCUGAAUAUAUACGUUAUACGCCAUCGCAACAAGGUGCUGCUUUCAAUAGUGGAGCUAAACAACGCCUCGUCAGGAUGGUGGAAAUGCAGAAAGAUCCCAUGGAACCUCCUAAGUUCAAAAUUAACCAAAAGAUUCCUCGCGGGCCCCCUUCUCCCCCACCACCUCUGAUGCAUUCUCCGGCACGGAAAGUUACAGUUAAAGAACAACAAGACUGGAAAAUUCCCCCAUGUAUUUCAAAUUGGAAGAAUCCCAGGGGAUAUACCAUUCCGUUAGACAAACGGGUUGCUGCAGAUGGCCGUGGUCUUCAAACUGUUCAUAUUAAUGAGAACUUUGCAAAACUAGCAGAAGCACUUUAUACGGCCGACAGAAAGGCUCGUGAGGCCGUAGAAAUGAGAGCGCAAAUUGAAAGAAAAGUUGCUCAGAAGGAAAAGGAACGAAAAGAGGAGCAACUCCAAAGAAUCGCUCAGCAGGCUCGUGAAUCUCGGGCUGGUCUUCGUCGUCCUGGCGCAAUUGAAGGUGGAGACAAUGAUCCGGGACUAAUUGACCGAGAAGAAUUAAGGCGUGAUCGUGCACGAGACCGUGCUAGAGAAAGAAAUUUAGCUCGUUCUAACAAUGAAGCCAAGGCUAAGAUUGAAAAGGACAAAGAGCGAGACAUCAGCGAACAAAUUGCACUUGGACUUCCGAAUCCGCGUUUUAACUCAACAAACGAGAGCCUAUUCGAUCAAAGACUUUUCAAUCAAUCUAAAGGUUUAGACUCGGGUUUUGAAGGAGGUGCGGAUGAUUUAUACAACAUUUAUGAUAAGCCAUGGAGAGGUGAUUCUGAAUUAGUAACUCAUAUAUACCGCCCACGCCAAAAAGAUACUGAUGCAUAUGGGACAGACCUUGAUGCACUUAAGAAGACUAAACGCUUUGUUCCUGAUCGUGAAUUUUCUGGAACUGAUCAUUCACGUCGUUUAGAUGGUCCAGUUCAAUUUGAGAGAGAUGAAGAAGAUCCCUUUAAUCUUAGUAAAUUCUUAUCCAAAGUCAAAAAGGCCGAAAAACGCCCAGGUGAAGGAACCUCAGGAACAGAUAUCAGUAAUCGUGACACUACUCAUCGUAAAAGAGAUCGGAAGGAUUAA